CAAGUUCACAUACACACAAUCCUGCACCUAUAUAAUCCCCGAACUUCUUCCCCAAGGGACAUCAGUUUCUAGAAGCAAUGUCCAGCAGCAGCAGUUCGUCCGAUCUAGAGAAGACACAUUCCGUCAAACUGGUGUUCAACCCGAAGGAGAAGAAGGUGGUAUAUGCAGAAGCAGGCAAGGAUUUCGUGGACCUUCUGUUCAGCCUGCUCACGCUCCCCCUCAAGACAGUAACUAUGAUCCUGUCGGAGGAAGCCAUGCCCGGGAGCCUGACCAACCUGCACGGGAGCGUUGAGGCGCUGGACGACACCUACAUGGAGCCGCCGGUGACGAAGGAAGUGCUUCUGUCGCCAGAGGUCCAUCCCCUGCUUCGAGGGCAGCUGAUGGCAAUCCUGCCUUCCCCGACGUCGGGGACCACCUCACCGCCGACGAGGUACUACAGGUGCAACUACUACAGGUGUGGCAGGCAGUUUAUCACCACGGAUCCCGUGGAGACAUGUCCGAAUUGCUUCAAUCUGAUGAACUCAGAGUUGACGCUUUGGCCUCCUACCAGGUCGGCGUCGUCGGUUGGCAAGAGUGGGAAAAGCGUGAGAGAUCUGGUGGGCUACCUGAUAACCGAUGAUCUUUUCGUGCUCCCCAUCACCACGCUUUCCCUCGCGAAGAAGAUGGACAUAACUGAUACGAGCAUAUUGGGAGAGAAGGACAUUGCUGUGGGCAAGACUGAGGUUCUCUCUCUCUCCCUCUCUCUCUUUCUCUACGAAUGCUUACCAUUCCCAUUAGUUGAGCAUCCAAAUGAAGACCAUCUCCAUUCCCCUGCUUUUCGGGCUUUAGUAAUGCAUAACAGAGAUGCUAAUGAUCUACAUCAUCCAUAUGAAGAUCGGUAUACCAUUUCCAUUUCUCCUGCUGUUAAUGACAUGGACAAGGUUGAAAUGGAUACAACUAAUGUAUCUCCCGGAGAUGGCUGUCUACUUUCCGUCAUAGUUCUGAAGGCUCUUUUCUCCCCAUUCUCCCUCUUGCCGGGUUCUGGUCUGCAUCGCGUUAGUGAUGACAGUGGUGCAUCAUUCAAACAUAGUACCAUACCUUACCAUUUAAGACAUAAAGCUAUUUAUUCCAAUUGUCUCUCCCCAGCUUCGCAUAAACACAAUCCUACACAAAAUUCCCCACCUUCUUCGCCAAAGAGAUAUCAGUUUCUUGUUGCAAUGUCCAGCAGCAGCAGCAGCUCCUCGGCUACUAAGGCUCCAGAGAAGACGCAUUCUGUCAAACUGGUGAUCAACCCGAAGGAGAAGAAGGUGGUGUAUGCAGAAGCAGGCAAGGAUUUCGUGGACCUUCUGUUCAGCCUGCUAACUCUCCCCCUUAAGACAGUAACUAAGAUCCUGUCGGAGGAAGCCAUGCCCGGGAGUCUGACCAACCUGCACGGGAGCGUUGAGACGCUGGACGACAUCUACAUGGAGCCGCCGGUGACGAAGGAAGUGCUUCUGUCCCCCGAAGUCCAUCCCCUGCUUCGCGGGCAGCUGAUGGCGAUCCUGCCAGCGCCGGCGUCGCCGACGACCGCGCCGCCGGCGAGGUACUACAGGUGCAACGCCGUGUACUACAACAGGUGCAGGGACUUUGUCACCACGGAUCCGACGGACAAAUGUUCGGCUUGCGGGAAUCCGAUGGGCACGGAGGUGACUCUUCGAGCUCCUACCAGGCCGGCGACGUCGGUUGGCAAGAGUGGGAAAAGCGUGAGAGAUCUGGUGGGCUACGUGAUAACCGAUGAUCUUUUCGUGCUUCCCAUCACCACGCUUUCCCUCGUGAAGAAGAUGGACAUAACUGAUACGACCAUAUUGGAGGAGAAGGACAUUGCUGUGGGCAAGGCUGAGUGUAUAGAGAUACUCAAGGCCUCUUUGCAGUCCGAAACUGUCCUCACUGAUGCCUUCCAAAAGCACCUUGAGUAAUCGCUCUCUUAUUUCCUCUUACAAAUGGUGGUGAGGGCAGCAAACAGGCUCCCAUUUUUCUUUUACAGACAGUCGUAGCACCAAGGCCGAAUUCUUCAGGUCCCAUCACUGCUUUAUCUUCUUUAUCAAGUAUCCUGUAUAUUUUGCAGUAGUAGCCAAAGCCAUUCUGUUUAAUUUCAAUAAGGACACAAUUUUAUUUGUAAUAUGAUUUCGUGAUUGUUGAGAUUUCUA